GUAUCAGUUGUUAAUCAUCCAACAAACCAAACAGUUUAAAAUCAAACUUUUUCUUUUCGUUUUCAACCAAAACACCAAAACCAAACCAAAACCCAAAAUGAACGCUCUUUUCGUUGCCGUUUUCGCCAUCCUCGCCGCUUCAGCUUCAGCUGGUUACGCUCCAGCCCUCGCUGCCCCAGUUGCCGCUUACGGAUAUGCCCCAUACGGUCAUGCUGCUUACGCUCAUGCCCCAGUUGUCGCUAAAGUCGCCGCUCCAGUUGCCUACGCUCACGCUCCCGCUUACAGCUACGGUUACUCAACCUACGCCGCUGCCCCAGUCGCUAAAUACGCCGCCCCAAUCGCCACAUACGGAGCUCCAGUCUACGGCAAAGUCCUCGCCCCAGCUUACGGUGCCCCAAUCUACGGUUAAACUAAUCAAUUCUAGUUCAGUUUUAACAACAAUCAAACCAAAAACAAACCAAAUCAUUCAAACAGUCAAGUUAGAUUUAUAUAAAUUUAAAUAGCCCAACACAUAGUAAUCCCAUUAUUAUGUUAAUCUUUCCUCUGGAUUAUCUAGAGAUUAAUUAGUUAAUCAUCCAAACAGAUUAUCAUCAGCAAUGAAAUAAAAUUAUUUUUUAUCAAAAAAAAAACAAAA